CUAACGAAGUGCGUAACAUUUUAUACACGUAUAAUUACUGAGUAACAUUUUAGAAUCCAGUUUAUUCUGCUGGGACUUUGGGAGACUGUAAAUCUGGUUAAGAAGAUAUCCAGGAUCACGGUAAUUGAUGCCGAACGAUGUCCAGCCACGACCAUGCGGUGGGGGCAGUGCUUACUCAGAUAGCACUGGCGGCGGACGGUGCUCUACUUGGUCUAACCUUAGCUUUCGUUGCUGUGCGGAGCAUACUCAAGUUUAAGGCUACAAAUUCAGCUCUGCACAAAAUUAAGGAAGCCCCUUCGGUCCGCGUUUCGGAUCUCAGCUCCCUCAUAGAUGCCGAAAAAGAAUCGAACCAAUCAGACGAAGGGAGUUUGGUGAUCGUCCGAGGCAAGGUUGAAGCAAAGUCUGUCGUGGAAGGCAAUUGGAAGAGCCUAAUGACCAAUGUGCUCGUUGCACAUGAUUCUGGCGAGAAGGCUGUCAUUUUACAGCGAACACAAAGUUGUAUAUACAAUGAUUGGAAAGGUUUCCUGGGAUGGACCAGUGAUUUACGUUCACUAUUCACAAGAUCUUGGAAAGAGCAUAAGUCAUCCUCCAUAAGAACGGUCCCCUUUGUGAUUGUUGAAGCUGGAAGGUGGCCGCAGUCCGAAUAUGUUAAUGUUAAGCUGGAUGGAUCAACGCACCCCCUACCACUUGUAACAGUCUACCAUGACCUACAUCCAGUUGAAGCCACUCCACUUACAUGCCUCCAGGCACUUCUUGGUCAUCAGUAUCCUAUUGCCUUGCUAGAUGAAGAAAAAAUCCUGCCGCUUGGGAAGGAGAUAACUGCAGUUGGCAUUUGCAGCUCGAGUGGUGGAGCUCUAGAGAUCAAAGCCUGCAAUUAUCUUCCUGUUUUCUUAUCGGAGAUGACCAAGGAUCAACUGAUUGUAGAUCUCACAUUUAAGACAAAAGUUUUGUUAUGGAGUGGAGCUGUAUUUGGUUUAGUUGCAAUUGGAAUCCUAAGCUAUGCUGCUGUAAGGAAUUGGAACAGAUGGAAAGCAUGGAGACACCACAGGCAGCAGGCUCGACAACAUAAUGCUGCUGCUGAUUCUCAGGUUGCUGGAGGAGAUGAGGAAGACAGCAGCGACAUUCCGGAUGGUCAGUUAUGUGUCAUUUGCCUAACAAGAAGGCGACGUUCCGCAUUCGUACCAUGUGGACAUCUCGCGUGUUGCCAGCCUUGUGCGUUGUGCAUUGAACGCGAUUUAUCACCAAACUGCCCUGUAUGUAGGCAGGCCAUCACUCAUUCGGUAAGGAUAUAUGAUUCUUGAGUGUGAUGUGUGAGCUUUUUUGUAACUAGUACAGUUCUUUUUCUUUCUCUAUUUUUGUUUUACUUUUAAAGAAUUCAUUAAAAAAUUGUACAGUUGGUCCAGUUCCUGAACAUAUUAAUCAUUUCACUAGGCUAUAUACACUAAUUUGCGGUUAAUACAGAUUGCUUGUGUAUAUCUCCCCCCCCCAGGAUUUUACAAUCAUGUACAAACGAAACUCAGAUUAUGCACAUUA